UAAGUCUUCGGAAAGUUUCGAGCCAAACUUUAAAUCAGUUUUGAAAGUACCAAGAACACACCACUCUCUCUGUAUGUGAUUUUUUUUGGUGUGUAUCUAGAUCCUUCUCAUGGUUAAAAUGGUUUUUUAAUUGCAUUUACUGUGGCGUAUAAUGAUGACAUUGAAUCGAAAUUGAUUUUGAAUAUAUUUUGAUGAUUAUAUCCGAAACGUGCUGCAGUGGCUAGAGUUUAAAUUUCAGAUAACGAGUUCUCUUUUAUUGGAUAUAUUAUUCGAAUAUUACAUACGUUCGUUCACGGGCUCAUUCCCAUUAAGGACAUAAAUAUAACACAAAAACGGCAAAAUGCGCUUUCUUCAGCCGAUUGGCAUCUUGCAUAACAAUAACGACAAUCCGAACAAAAGACAUUCAACAUAUGCCACCACAAAUGGUAACAGCCAGCAAAUAGUGACGAUCAUUCAACCACACAACAAUUUGUCGACGCAAAAUGAAACAACCACUUCAUACAUUGAUGAUGACCAUCCGAACGUAACGAUACGGAAUAAUAGCGUCACAUUUACGAAAAACCAUUUCAAUCAAAAUAAUCGACAAAAGUAUAAAGUUCUGACCAACAACGGUCAUUAUGUUAAUGAAGUGGACAAUUUGAUUCGAGAAACUACACAGACAAACAACGGAUUCAAUGGCAAUGAUGUGUCGCUGUUCGACGGUAAUAUUACGUACCAGAGUCAACGCGAUAAUAUAAAUGAGCAUUCACAAAUAAUAAAUAACGCAAAUCAAACGUACAACAGCCAUCAUCACAACGCCAUUACCAACAAUAUCGUUCGUCGUGAAAAUUUAACCAAACUGGAUUUAGACACAAAUAUACAACAUCACGUCAUUACGAGAGUUGGAGAUUGUGGUUCAUCCAUAUGUUCCGAAUCCAGCCCAGAUGACAGUUUUAUGGAUGAUGAAGAUGUGCGCUCGGUAUCAUCAUCCUAUUGUCCGUCGCUUGCAUCGCCUGAACCGGAAGUGAAAUAUCCCCGUGGUAUCAUCAAUCCGAAUUAUCCGGGCUUUCAACAUCUUGCGCACACACUGGCGGAACAUUUUGUCGAUCAUCAAUUUGAACAAUCGGACAGUGAUGUAUCGGAAUUCGAAGUUGAACUGAAAACUUCAACCGAUUCGGACAAUGGCAACAACAACAACAAUGAUUCGGAAUUAGAUAAAAUCGAAGAAAUACUCAAAGGGGUGUUCAAAUCGAAAGAAUCGCCAUCGGUUGAAUCCAAUGGAAGAUUUGAUAGUGGCGUGUUCUGUCAUAAUGAUCUGCGUGAAAUGAAUGACCAGUGUGAUGUGAUUAACUUUACCAAUGACAUCCCAUCGAUGAAGGAAGACGUGCAAGUGAGAACAUCCGGCGAUCCGAAGCGAAUGUAUAGAACGCCGGACAUACUGAUCAAAAGUAAUUCGUGUGAAGAGCAUAUCGAUUUUACGACGGAAAUAAAUGAGAGGCCGGACAUUUUAAAGAAUGUGUUUGCUAGUGAUGCUAGUGAUGGUGAUCAAAUGGUAGCGAAUGAAAAAUGUGAUGAAAUCCAUGACCAGAUUGAUAAAUGUGAGCAAGGUCAAUGGAGUAUAACUCCGAUCGAUAUAGUGGGCAAUUUCGAACAGGAAGUGGAACGAGAAUUCGGAUUGAUUGUGUCGGGGUACAAGAGUUCGUCGUCGGAUGAUGAAAUGUGUGUUUCUGUGAAAAGUCAAGUGGAUGAAAUCAGUCGAGACAAAGCCAGCAGCAUGCACGAGAAGAUGACUGAUGCCGUUCUCUCGAAUGCCAAAGAAACAAUUAAUACAACCAUCGGCGAGUGCGCACACGACCAAUUAAAAUUAAAUUCAGAAAAUUGUAGUGCAAAAGAUGUUGCUGACGCACAUCCACAUGAGAAAAUAUCGUGCGCUGAACGGCAACGCAUUGUGAUCAAAUCGUCAACACAUUCCAUUCCAACCGCAAUUGUUAAGCCCAAAUAUCAACGGACAUCGUACGACGAUCGACAAUUGCCAGCGGUGGUUAGCAUUGACCGUGAAAAGCCGUGGUACGACAAUUGCAAUGUGAACAAUAAUGUGACUUUGACACCGAACCGGAAAAUCCAACAAUUGCCGCAUUUCGAACGUAAGCAUAAAAAGCAUCGAACCGGUCAUCGAACGAACGGUGGUUUGGUUAGUGAUAAGGAGAAAUUCAAUUCGAUAAUGUUAUGCGAAAAGGACAUGGAUAGUGCCAGUGUGGCCGUGGUGCCGCCACGUAAAAAGGACAAAAUUGAACAAGUUGAUGUGUAUGGAAACGGUGAUAAGGGGAUCAAAUGUUCGACAAUGCAAAAGAACCAUUCUAAUAUGAGCAAUAACAAUAAUAGCAUCAAUUGUUCGAAUAAUAACAAUAAUAAUGUUGUGUAUCGGAAGGGUAACACGGAUGGUGUGGUCAAGGAUAAUAGUGCUAAAGAAUCCCUAGCAAGCUUUGAUGUAUACAAUAUUGAAACAGCGCUACCAGUUAUUGAUUUGGAAGCUAUUGAAAAUCAUUUGAAAGCAGCUAAAGAAGAGGAGCGAAGGAAACGAAAUGACCGAGAAGAAAUUCGACGACGUCUUGCUAUGGGAUCGGAUUACGAUUAUUUUGGUCGAACACAUUCGGACAGACCUACGCGGAAGCCAAGUCUACAUUCUAGAUUACAAGGAGGAAUGAAUCUUCAAAUAUGUUUUAUGAACGAGACAGCGUCGGAUAAUGAGAGUCCCAGUUCUGACAGUGAAUCCUGUCCGAAACUGUCGAAAUCAUUCACAUUCUCCAAUAAUUCCACCACUGGAAAUACGUAUUCUAGAUACAACAGUACCGAUUCCCAUCCAUACAACACAAGACCGUUGUCGGUGCGCAAAAGUAGUUCCACAGAAAAAGCGUCUCGUCCAUCAAGUCUACCGAUUGGACCGAAAAUCGGUGACGACAGCUCCAAAGAUGUGGAUUUUUUCACCAAACAAGCUCGUUUACAAAUCGAAGCUCGUAUGGCAUUGGCACAAGCAAAAGAUAUGGCACACAUGCAAAUGGAGAUUGAUCGUCAGAAACAAAAGCAAUCUCCCAUAACCGAGAUAAUUCGCAAUUCGUUGGAAAAGGUUGGCAUCACAUUUCCGGAAGAGAAACGACGUGUGUCCCGGCUAAUGUUGACCGACAUGAAUAUAGCUCAACUGCAAGUAAUCGUAAACGAAUUUCACACCCAAAUCGAGAGGUUGAACGAAAAUCUGGUACAAUUUCUGAUGGAACGGGACGAUUUGCAUAUGAGCCAGGAUUCGAUGUUGGUGGAUAUCGAAGAUUUGACGCGUUACUUAUUAGCCAAAGAGCAAACAACUGACAAACAGAAUAACCAACCUGCCAUAUUAACCACACCUACUCAAGAGAUCGUCACUAAGGAUCACAUAGUUAAAACAACCAAUCGACCACAGACGCAAAGUAAACUUUUAAGGAUAACUAAUCUAGUCAAAAAGUAAAAAUUUUCG